UCUGCACCGGCACCGCUCCGGCUCUGCCGCUACCUCUCCGCCGCCGCGGCUGCCACAGACCCCCCUCCCUCCCUCCAUCCCUCCCUCCCUCCCUCUCCCCCGCCCUGUCCCCAGCGCCGCCGCCACCGCUUCCACAAGAUGGCGGGGACCGUGGCCGAGCGGGACGCGCUGAAAAUAGAGGACGGGCAUUUAAACAACUCCCUGGGAUCUCCGGUGCAAGCUGAUGUAUACUUCCCUCGCCUGAUCGUCCCCUUCUGUGGGCACAUCAAAGGAGGAAUGAGGCCGGGAAAGAAGAUCUUAGUUAUGGGCAUAGUGGACCUCAACCCCGAGAGCUUUGGCAUCAGUCUGACUUGUGGGGAGUCAGAAGAUCCUCCUGCGGAUGUAGCCAUAGAACUGAAAGCUGUGUUUACAGAGAGACAGUUUGUCAGAAACUCUUGUGUAGCCGGAGAAUGGGGGGAAGAGCAGUCGUCUAUUCCUUACUUUCCAUUUAUACCGGACCAGCCUUUUAGGGUUGAGAUACUUUGCGAGCAUCCCCGUUUUAGAAUAUUUGUGGAUGGACAUCAGCUCUUUGAUUUUUACCACCGUAUUGAAACACUGUCAGCAAUUGACACAAUAAAGAUAAAUGGAGAUCUGCAGCUUACAAAACUGGGCUGAGCUUGUUAGGACUGCAGAUUCCAAACCAGCUCAGGUGCCAUCGUCCGUUGGGAGCAGUGACAGCCGGCUCUGGACACAGCUAUGGUAGGAAGGCUGCCCUGUUCCUUUUCCGCAUGCAGUUCUUCACUCCUGUGCCGAUGAACCGGGCUGUGUUUUAUCCUAACGAAGAGCACUGUUGGUUUAUAGACACUGAGCUGUUUUUCUUGGAUCAAAAUAGCCCACCUGUGCUGGAUAAUCAAAUUGGAAUGGAUUCAGAAAGACUUGCAGUCUCGUUUCAAAUCUCACAGAAAAGGCAAUCUCUGAAAUGCAGCGCUAAAACCGGUUACUGAACAGUAGUGACGACAAAAACAAGUUUUUCUUUUGCAAAUAUUGUUUCUGCACUGAAGUGGAGUAGUGUAGCACAACAUAGGGCCAUGUGCUGACGUCCUUACCCAGGGCCUGAGCCUGGUUCCAUGGAAAUCAAUGGCAAAACUCCCACUCACUUUAAUGGGGUACAAUCAAACUGUUUAGUCCUUAGUCAAGCACACUUCCCACUGAUUUCUAUGGCAUUUUUGCACAAACCCUGGGGCCUGCCCUUCUGCUGGUGUAAAUCAGCAUUACUUCCAUAGCUCCUAAUGGAAUUUUGCUGAUUGCCCUCAGCUGCUGGUUUGGCCCAUGGACUGUGCAAAAACUGACUGAGGGUGCGUGGACACAGCCUGUGUAAUUUAGUCAGGGUAUUUGCAUAGAAUGUAGAUUGUUAUGAGUUUUUGCACAACGUAUUGUUAAUACAAUUUUUAAAACUUAUCUGUAGUUUAUUUAUUUAUACUCAUUGUAUGUAUUAUUAGUAAAAAUGAACAAUCUUAAGAUUAAGAACAGCAAAGUGUAAACAUUUUGAAUGUACAAAAUGUCUUAGGUUCUUUGGGUAAACUUUACAUAUCGUUCUUGAAAAACCAUUUUUCCUAUCGCACAUUUAGUUACAUUUUAAUGGAGCCCUCUAGGCCCUGGGAAAACGUGGGCAUGGUAGUUGGUGGGGGGUAACUCUGCAUAUUCACUAGAAUCUGUUUUUCAGGGCUUACUAACUUUGCUGCACAGGAUAGGUUUGAGAUGAAGUCAUUUUAAAAACUUAAACAGUAAAUUUUUGGGUUUUACUGUGCUUUCAUAACCUGAGAAAAAGUUAAAUUUGGCAAUCUCUUCAUUCUGAAAGAGAACCAGCCUCUUUCCAAGGGAGAUGGAAGAUUCUUUACACUUGUUUGAGAACAUAUUUGGCCUUUGAUAUGACAAUUAAAACUUGUCUAGACAGCCAAGUUAUUAAUGCUUGAAAAUCAGCUACUGCACAUGAAUAAUAACUUUUCAAGUAGCUUUUUAAAUAGUAGGUAUAGCUGUAUAAACACAGUCAUUGUGCUACACUAUAAAUGAACACAGCCACUUUUCUUGACUUCUUUAGGACUAAAUACACUUUUUUCCUUGGCUGCUCACAGUGGACUUCAGUGGGUCUUUCUGAGUAGCUGCAAUCAUGAUAUAAACAUACAUUUAGGCAAUUUUGAAAACACAUAAUAUAGGGACUAAAAACCAGACUAUAAAAACAUCCUCUGUAGCACAGUAUUUAAGAAAAAGCAAAAAAAGUAUCUCACAAACAGAACUAUGUUAAACCUGCAAUAAAAGUGUGGUUUAAAGCAACCAGAACUGGAAUAUCCAAAGUUAAGGGUAGAAUGCCAAUGCAAAGCCUCAUUUUGUGCUAAUUUGGCCUGCAGUUAAGAAGCCUUAGACUUGCAAGCUGAAAUUCCAACUGUGGCUCUAGUCCAAAGCCUGUUGAGGUCAAUCAGAGUCCUCUGAGCAUAGAAGCCUGAUUCUUAUUUCUUGCAAGUGCAAAUCUGUUUGUAAAGCAGGGGGGUUGUUGCUGCUGCUGCAGAUGAAUUAAGAAUCAGGCUACCACCUGUAAAAUACAAGUAAAAAAUUUAAUUUUUAGCCUUAACAUUUGAUGUUCCCUGACUUUUCUUUCUACUUCCAAAAUAAAAGAGAACCUGUUGUUUUCCAGAUUAACUUUUUAUCUGGCGUGUGGCUUUUAAGCUGUACAUCAGAUUCUAUUUGUACUCCAUAUUGAACUGAAAUGUUCCUGUCUUGCUCUGUUUUUACUCUUUUACAUGAUACAUAAUGACUGUGUCAUUUUCCAUUGUAUAAAGAAUGCUGACAGUGUUUCGGUAUAAAAUAUAUUCUUAAAAAUUAUUAUAAUAAAAAUCCAAGGGAAAGGUGCUUCUA